CUAAGACUAUGCUGGUCCUAGUCGGGGAGUGGCAUUUACAUCCCAGAAAGACACACAUGUAUCACCUCGUGUUGGCACUUCCAUUGCAAUGCACAACUCUGACAUAUAUAGUGCCGACAUUUCCUUCCUUAAGCUUGAAAAAAAGGUGAUUUGAUGUCCAUAAAAAAUUAACUGAGCAGUUAGAUAUUUUCUAAUAUGUAUCUCACGUAAUUUGAUGCUCAUUGAUACUGCAGUACUGUGUCAGGAACGUGUUGAUGUAAAAUCUUUCAGUUUUGAUGGAUCUUAUUACAAGCUUUCAACUCUUCUUAGCACGACUUCUGACAGAACAAAGAACCAGAAUCAAUUGUUUGAUGAUAUUAACAACAUGUAUGAUGAUCUUCGUGAUGAUUCUAGUCAUCACAAUCUGGACAAGAAUGAUGACCAUCAAAAUAACAAACAUGUGAUCAUCCAUGAGAAUCCAUUUGUUCAAGAGUCACAUCUUCAAGAAUCUACUGUAGAAACUCAACAGGAACAAAAAUGAACAACGCCUCAACAUCAAGAGUAGUCAGGCAGUGAUAUUAGCAUAU